GUCUCCUCCUCCUCCUCCGGCGCCUCAGUGGCCUUUCCCUCCUCCUCCUCCUCCUCCUCCUCCUCCUCGCCGGGGAUCCCUCAGCCUCUCCGCCGUGGCCCAAGGGCGCCUUCCCGCUCUCUUCCCGCCGAGGGCCGCCGCCUGAGGCCGGAGUUCAACGCCAAGGGCAGUCCAUUGGGUCGGUUUCCGUCUUCCUGGCUGCCGGGAGGAGAAAGAGGCCUCCCUUUCCUCCUCUCGUGCCCCUUCGUCGGGGCGGGCGGCGCUGGAUGCCAGCUGAGGCCCGGGCCUUAAGAAGAAUAUUUUCCUUGGAUUAAGAAAGAGCAGUUGCUGCAGUUAGAAAACUCCUGUUGGGCCUGAGAAUCUAAAAUUUAGUUCAAAAAUUGCUUGAAGACUUGUCAAAUGACAUCAAUGGCCAGCCUGUUCUCUUUUACUAGCCCAGCUGUAAAGCGUUUGUUGGGCUGGAAACAAGGUGAUGAAGAGGAAAAAUGGGCAGAAAAAGCAGUGGAUGCCUUGGUGAAAAAACUCAAAAAGAAAAAAGGAGCUAUGGAGGAGCUGGAGAAAGCGCUGAGCAGCCCUGGACAACCUAGUAAAUGUGUUACAAUUCCCCGUUCAUUAGAUGGACGACUUCAAGUUUCUCACCGCAAAGGCCUCCCCCAUGUUAUUUACUGUCGUGUAUGGCGUUGGCCUGAUCUACAGAGUCACCAUGAGCUAAAACCAUUGGACAUUUGUGAAUUUCCUUUUGGAUCCAAGCAGAAGGAAGUCUGCAUCAAUCCAUAUCAUUACAAAAGGGUGGAGAGUCCAGGCUGCUACGGUGCACAGAACCAGAAUUUUCCCAACUGGGAAAUGCAGUGCAGUGCUUUGCCAGUUUUACCUCCAGUCUUGGUGCCUAGGCAUAGUGAAUUCAACCCACAGCAUAGCCUCUUGGUUCAGUUCAGAAACCUAAGCCACAAUGAACCGCAUAUGCCUCACAAUGCUACAUUUCCAGAAUCGUUCCAGCAACCCAACAGCACUCCAUUUCCCAUUUCUCCAAAUAGUCCAUAUCCACCAUCUCCAGACGGCAGUACCUACCCAAAUUCCCCAGCUAGCUCUGGACCAUCGAGUCCAUUUCAGCUACCAGCAGAUACACCACCUCCUGCUUAUAUGCCUCCUGAAGAUCAAAUGGGGCAAGAUACAUCACAAUCUAUGGACACAAGCAAUAAUAUGAUCCCUCAGAUAAUGCCAAACAUUUCUAACAGAGAUGUUCACCCUGUGGCCUAUGAAGAACCCAAGCACUGGUGCUCAAUUGUGUAUUAUGAAUUAAACAACCGAGUUGGGGAGGCUUUUCAUGCAUCUUCCACUAGUAUCUUAGUAGAUGGAUUUACAGAUCCUUCUAACAACAAAAACCGAUUCUGCUUAGGUUUGCUCUCCAAUGUUAAUCGCAACUCAACUAUUGAGAACACCCGGAGACACAUUGGAAAAGGUGUCCAUUUGUACUAUGUUGGUGGAGAGGUCUAUGCCGAAUGCCUGAGUGACAGCAGCAUAUUUGUACAGAGCCGGAAUUGUAAUUACCAUCAUGGAUUUCAUCCCACGACUGUAUGCAAGAUUCCUAGUGGCUGCAGCCUCAAGAUUUUUAAUAAUCAGGAAUUUGCCCAGCUUCUAGCUCAGUCCGUCAAUCAUGGGUUUGAGGCGGUAUAUGAGCUCACCAAAAUGUGCACAAUUCGGAUGAGUUUUGUAAAGGGUUGGGGAGCAGAAUAUCACCGACAAGAUGUUACAAGUACCCCAUGCUGGAUAGAAAUACAUCUUCAUGGACCUUUGCAGUGGCUGGAUAAAGUACUUACUCAAAUGGGUUCUCCACUAAAUCCCAUCUCUUCUGUUUCAUAGUGCGGAAGUAUUUCUUCAACAACCAUAACUUUAGUGACCAUUUUUUAAAAAUUCUACAGAAACUUCCAGUGUGGAUACUGUAAGAAUGGGCCACAUGUUAGCUGUCUUGUCCUAAUGAUGACCAAUUUUGUUUUUUUAUUACCAUUUUACUUUUUGUUUUGAUAAUUAAAAGAAACAGUCACGUUUGGAGGAAACUUGUUUUGCCUUUCUAGACAUAUUUAAAAAAUUGGCUCCACUGGAAACAUUUACUAUGUCUUCUUGGAACACUCUGCUGAACUGAAAAUAGAAAACGCUAUCUUUUUGCUGAUUACAUGUAUUUCCCACUUGCAGACUGUUUUAAUGCUCAUGUAAAAUUACAUUGAUGACGAAGUCCAUGAAACUAGCUUUAUUACACCCAAGGUUGCCUUUAGCAUUUAUGAUAAUGUGAUUCUGAUAUAUGUGUGUUGAAAAACACUUGAUACUGGUAGUGCUAUUAGAAUGCAUCCUUGCAAGUUCUGCCAUAAACAAGGGCAAUUUGACCUUCACCCCAGGUCAGUGUGAUUAAGUUGAAGGACCUCUGUGAGACUUCCAGAUAAAUGUGCGGAUUGCUUCUUGAAUCAUUGUUCUGAACAGGCAUUUAAUUCAAGGAAGUAUCUUAUUUAGCCUAGUCAGUAUUUUUUCUUGACUCGGACUCGGUGUGUAUGAGACACUUUUGAAAUAUAGCCUUUUAAGCAAUUCACUUGUAUCAGAGUGCAGAAUGCUACCGUUUUGCUAGUUAUGCUGCAAGGAUUAUUUUUUGCAUUUACAUAGUUAGUAUCUUGAAGGGUUGCUAACUUCACACUACUGCUGUUUUGCAGUAUUAGUUUUGCUCCUUUUGUAAUUCACUUUUAUAACUACAGUAUUAGAAAUCUUGCUUCAGAAAGUGGUAUAGGAUGUUUACUUCUCAAGAUUGCUGUGCAGACCAGGCCUUUCAUGAAAACUAAAAAAAUAGUCGCCUCUUGACUCUGGAAUCUUUUGAGUGUCAUUGAUCUUAAUCUCACAGGCUCUGUGACCAUAAUAUGACACUAGAGUUCUCAGUCUGUACAUCAUUCACUGUUACUAAUUCCACUUAAUAAGUUAACAGAAAUAGAGAUGGUCGCAGUGAAUUCGUAUAUGUUGAAAUAAUUAGAAUCCUUUCAAGAAUGUUUGUUCAUUGGAUAAGUUAGGAAGAUGCAUGCCUGCGUCACAGCCAACUCUUAUAUGACUAUUUCCGAUGGAACUCCAGAUUCUCUAGAUGUGUUGUGUGUCUGACAAUCUCUCUUCUCAAACAGCAACAUAUUUAAAUCAUAGCCUUACGCUAAGCUACGAAGGGCUUUCUUCAAAAAUACCUGUGUGUUGUUGUUGCAUCUUUUAAUUGGUUCUUUUCAGGAACUAGAAGCAAUACUUAGUGCCAUGUGGAAUAAAUUCAUUUUUUUUUUGUAAGGAAGAAGGUCCAAGGUACUUUUGGUGAUAUUUUUUUCCUUUCACAAUAGUAAUUAAGCAUAUGCUUCUAAUUACUUAGGAUGACCUAACUGUAGUUCUGUAUGGAUUCCAGCCAAACACAUAAAAAUAACAGAACUUAAUACAGAACAUUAGAUUUUCUUUAAAGGAACAGAGAGGAGGAAGCAUAUCUGCUCCUUAGAGUUCAGCAAUCAGUUUAGUAGGUAUAAGGCCUUGUGGCAUUUCUAGUGACUGAGAUGAAACCUUUUGUGCUUUAUGUUUUUCCUUGACCUCCCAGUGAUAGGCAAAAUAAAUCGUACAGAUCUGAAAUGUGGCUUAUCUUGGCAUAGGUUAUGUUUGAUCACUCCGUUCCAAUCGAGAAUUAUGUGUUCUUAACGAUGUUUGAUGCCUUCCUUCUCCUCUAGCAGAUAGAGGGUUAUUUUAAAGUAUUUCUGAUACAAUACUUCUGUCAAAGAAAUCUAGGGUAUGAGGAUAGAAGCUGAUUGACGCUCAUCCUUUCAAAUGGGACAUUUUAGAGUCUUGGAGAAUUCACACAGAGCAAGACAUACAACAUAGGCAUUUUAUACUGAAUAGCUUUGAAUAGUGUCUUCAAGCAUCUGUCAACCAUUUCUUUUUUCAGGCAAGUUGUAGGUGGGGUUGUUGUUUUUUCCGCACAAUUUAAUAUAAUGGGACAAAAAAGGUCCCUUUCCAUUUUGUGAUUGAAACAUGAUGCCAAGAAAUUGAUGUUAACACUCAGAUAAGAAACUGCUACCCUUUCUGCUGAAAGGGGGCAAGGCAACAAAUGUACACCAAUGUGAUUCACUCUGGGAAAAACUAAGUGAAGGUACUGAGGUUAUGAAAAGAAAAAAUGGGAGGACUUUGUGACAUCCACAGACUGUUCACCACAUUUAGAAACGACCAAGGUCAGAGGAGGAUGCCAAAAGAAAUAACAACAAUGCAAUAUUAGCAACUUUUGAGCUGCUCUUCCAAGAAAGUAUUUUUUUACCACAUGGUCAGUGAAAAAAAUAGGGAUGGGCUGUGUUCAGGGCAUAGAAUGAAUGAAGGAAAGCUAUCAGAAUCAAACUGCUGUGGAAGUCCCUUUACGUCAUUGAGCUGAAAGUAUAGAUUUGAGGAACGGGCAUUUCAUUGAAUGUCUUACACACUAAAAAGAUAAAUUGAACAGCUAGUUAAAUUGAUAGGUAAAUGCCUGUCUCAGAGGUAUAUGCCAAGUAAAUUAAGAAAAUGUGGAAUAAGAGUGUGACAGUGCUACAACACUAAACAGCAUGUCCUCAGAAAGCAGACAUUUGACUGGUCAGGUUGCGUGGUACAUCAGGUAUUACCCAGGUUGGUUAUACUGCUUGUACUUUAUAUUCAUACUGGUUUAAUUAUAGGAGGCAUUUUUUCACUAGUUUACAGGUAACAAGAUCUGCUGGCAAAAACUAGCAUAUUUGGCACCACUUGACAGAAUAAGCUAUAUCCCCAACCACGUGUGCACACUCACUCCUUCCGCAAUAGAGCACCAGACCAGAAAACAAGGAGAUUGUAAUGCAUGUUUAACUUGUCUGGGUUACUGCAGUAGCCACAUCAUAUCUAGUUUUCUGUAGCGUGGAAUUCAUGUAUGAUGAGGUGGGGAGGAGCCCAGGAAGCUACUAUAACUCCAGAGACUGAUAUUCGGAAGCACAGUUCUUACUCUGGAGGUAGUGUUCAUCUUAACAUGACUCAGUGGACUUCACAGAUAUUUCUAAUCUCCUUUCACAAACCAAGCUGCUCGGCAUUGCCUUGUUUUGUAGUAAUUAACUUCAUGGCUUAUCUAUAUGCUUUGUGCAGAAGUGCUCCAUUUUAUGUGUCAUGAAUUUCUUAUCACUCGGCUUCAUUGGAUGAGUCUGAGUUUUGGCAUUUUGUGAGAGUAAGGAGACGAAAAAGAUUGUUCAAGGACAAGAAAUACAAUUGUUUACAUAUGAAGAUAAAUGUUUUGCAGUUGCCUUAAAGCAGUGGUUCUCGACCUGUGGGUCUCCAUGUGUUUUGGCCUACAGUUCCCAGAAAUCCCAGCCAGUUUACCAGUUGUUGGGAUUUCUGGGAGUUGAAGGUCAAAACAUCUGGGGACUUACAGGUUGAGAACUACCUUAAAGUGAAAUUAAACUGAUUUUCACCAUAUUCCAGAGCUUUAAAAGAGUUAUGUUUUUUUAUUUCAAAAAUUUUCAUCAGAUUUUUAAAACUUUUUCUUUUGUCAUCAUAAAUUUCAGGCAGCUGUUUGAUUCUUAGAGCUUGAUCCUCUUCUUGCCUUUACUGAGCACAGUACUAGUUAAGGGCAAGGAUCCACUGGGAAGUUCUGCAGAAGGUCCACUGAGAUGAUGAUAAUGAUGACAAUAAUAAUAAUAAUUAGUAGUAGUAGUAGUACCCCACCACCAUCUCUCCGAAGGGAUUCAGUGCAACUCACAGAAGCACUUCAAGUGCUGCCCAUAAAACAACAACAUAAGUCUAUAAAACAAUUAUCACACAUAAAGCCUUAUCUAAUAAAAUUCAUAAAAUGCAAUAAAAUCUGCGAAUAAGACUGGCUGUCUACAAUUGACAAUCUAAAAUAUCAGGUUGAAGAGAUGAAUGGGAACUUCACAUUGGAUCAUUUUCCUCACCUUUUCUAAUCUCUCCUUGUGAUUAUAAUGGUUGCAGAUAAUCUUUUCUUGCACUAGUCAAUUUGACAUGCGAAGUAGUAGUAGGCAUCGACAUGUUUUCUUGGAUUACAAAACAGAAAUCAAACCUUCAUUUAUUGCUCCUCUAUAAAGAAGAAAUCAGAUUUGUGGAACUAAUUCUCUUUUAGAUUUCACCUAUUUAAGCUAUCAAAUGACUUAAUAUAUGUUUAAAUACCAGUGGUUGGUGUACUUGCUGAUAUAUGCUGUUUUGAGUAAAUUAUUCUGGGCAUUUUACAUACAGUUUCAAUAAUAUUGCUACAGAUCUGCAGUCAAAUGUAUGUAGUCCUCCUGAUGAGAGCAUGGUUAGUGCAUUUAUUGGAUUUCUGUUUUGAGAUGGGAAGAAUAUACUUUUAAUGUGUAUGCAACACAGUGCCUUUUACUUAGAUUCCUCUCUCCAUAAUUUGUUACCAUAAUUUUGAUUUGCCACUUUCUUUGCUCUGCUGUAGCAGUGGCUGUUUAAGAAUAUUUGCACCAGUUAUUUAUGAAUGUUUAUAAUUCAUUGCUCAUGGUUCACAUGAAUAGGUUUUCUUUUUACCACAAGUGAAAUCACUAUCUGUCAUGCUUGGAAGUGAGUAAGGAGAAUUGCUGUCAAAUUACUUUAGUCCAAAUUAUAAUCCCAUUUAAACUGGCCUCUUGUUAUCUCUUUUAAGGGAAGUUAGGGAUCAGGAUACUAGCCAGUAAUAUUCGUUCAAAAUGAAUAUGUGCUGAAAGGUCUUACAGUAAUUGUCCAUAAGGUUUUUGGUGGGCAUUAGGGUAGUUGGCACCCUAUUUUCCUGUCUGUGCCCCAACUUAAUUUAAAUCCUACUCAGACUUUUAUCUCUAUGGAUUAAAUCAGUAUGUGGGGAAAGGGCAGGUUACUUGCCCUGCCCUCCUUUAAGUCUAAAUAGGAGAAAACUAUGUAAUGUGGCAAGCGGAACAGAUCUGAAUUGAUAGAACCAAUAACAGAUGAGAAGAAUGCAGUCGCUUUCUUCACUUUUACGGCUUAACACACAGUAAAUAAUGCUUGAAUCCUGCUUGUUUUUACAGCUGAAAUCACUCUAAUUGUAUGUGAUUGUUAUUGAAUUUGACAACAGCCGGGUUGCUAAAGGACCAAAGUGUAUUAUAGAAUGUAUUUGAACUUUUCUCAGCCCCCUUACCAUUCAUUGUUUUCAUUUUCAUGACUUGGGAUUGGGUCUAACAAAGUUGUUCUGCUCAUAACAGCUUCCAGAGGGGGACAAUUGCCUGUCUACUUGCAAUCUCCCCCUCCCUUGGAAUCUCAAAAUCUGCUCUGGAGACUUGGAAAAUAUUGUGAAACAGAUUUUUAAGUGGCAUCUCAUCAGGUUUAGAGAUGGGAAAAGUUCGGAUGUAUUAGCAAACACCUUAUAAUGAAGUGUUGAAUUUAGGCUGAUGUUUUCACAGUAAGCAUGCCGGACUUAUAAUUUUGAACCUUCUUCACCCAAAACUUGUGUUCCCUCAUAGCAUCUCUUUUGCCUUACUCUGAUAAUCUACAUCUAAAAUCCUGGUUUUGUUAUUGGUUUUUGUUUUCAAACCAUGUAUUAUUUGGCAGUAUUACUCAUGUUAACUUGUGGAUGAACCGUCUUAAACUUUAUAAUAGGCAGACAUUUUAACUGUUUCUUCCUCAGAUUGCCUUAAGAAAUAAAAUAGAAAGCUAAGUUUUUUGUUACUGGAAUUGUUGCUAGGUAGGAGUAUUUUUUAAUAAAAAAAUUAAAAUAUGUUUCAUUAAUGGACAUGUGACUACUCGUUUAGCUUUGAUAUCUAUCUGAGAAACUAUCAUUGAAAUUCAGACAAUGAUUCAUGUUAUGUAUGCUAACCUUGUUAUUUGACGAAUGAUGUGUCAGUUUAUAUUAUAGAUAUAACAUCCGUGCUUCUGUUUACACUACAAGAAGUGUCAUUCUAGCAACAGGAUUUAAUUUUAUUCCUCAGAGUGCCUACACUGCAGUUGUUUUUGACUGUAUUAAGGUGUUUAUUUUUGCAAUCUAAAUAAAUAAGUUCUUUUUAGAAUUAA